GAAUAGUUCGUUCGCUCAUUGACGACUCAACCCUUGAACCUCGUAUGAGACGGCUAUUGUUAUUAUCAAGGAAUAUAACUAAAAGUUAUGAAUAGAGGUUAAUACCUGCAUACAGUGAAAGAUAUUAAAAAUAAGCAAUUAUAAAACAAUGGCGCCAAAUGCAUCAGUACCCGUGGAACGCUACGAGCCCAGCAGCGCUGGAGUCAACGCGAUUCUUUUGGGCCCGCCAGGCUCUGGCAAAGGAACACAGGCACCCAUGCUAAAAGAAAAGUUUUGUGUGUGUCAUUUAUCAACCGGUGAUAUGCUGCGUGCAGAAAUUUCAUCUGGCUCUAAGCUUGGAGCUGAGCUCAAAAAAGUUAUGGAUGAAGGCAAACUUGUGUCUGAUGAGCUGGUCGUUGAUAUGAUUGAUUCCAAUCUUGAUAAACCGGAAUGCAAAAACGGAUUUCUUUUGGAUGGCUUUCCUAGAACGGUCGUGCAAGCUGAGAAGCUUGAUAAGUUGCUGGACAAGAGGAAGACUGGCUUGGAUGCCGUGAUUGAGUUUGCUAUUGAUGAUAACUUGCUGGUCAGGAGAAUAACGGGUCGAUUGAUUCAUCAAGCAAGUGGACGUUCUUAUCAUGAAGAGUUUGCACCGCCGAAGAUUGCGAUGAAAGACGAUAUUACUGGUGAGCCUUUGAUGAGGCGAAGUGACGAUAAUGCCGAGGCGCUUAAGAAGCGUCUUGAAUCCUACCACAAGCAAACUAAACCUUUGGUUGACUAUUAUGGCUUGAGAGGAUUGCAUUUUAAAGUUGAUGCUGCCAAAAAAUCAAGCGACGUCUUUUCUACGAUUGACUCGAUUUUCCUACGAAAAUGUGCAGCGAAAGAUAAGCUGUAAAUUGCAAAUUAUCAACUUAUACUGCUAGUUUUGAUACUGCCUGUUAUUUCAUUUUGAUAAUCAAAUAGUUGAAUUUUGAAUGUAAUUAUCAAUAGUUGACAAGGUGGCACUGCAGAAUUUCAUUGUACAGAUUUGAAAAUAAAUACGGGUUUAUAAACUAUUUCCAAAUUAUAUUUUUUUAAACUUCACUUACUA